AUUCGCUGUGGUGUCAGUGCGAGGCGGAAACGCAAUCCCCAACGUGGAAUUAAGCUGAUGUAUCCCUGUUACCUUUUUCGGGAAAAAUUGAUGUCGCCCGAUCCAUAGCGCUGACUCGAUUGGAAAGGCUCCAGUUUGGGGGAAAGGACGAGGACCAGCUAGCUAGCUAACGUUAGCUAGCAUGAACCGACAGAAAAAUCUUACUAACCCACCAACUAAACUUCACGUUUUGGUUACUUUAAAUACUAAUAAAACCCCACAACUCUUCUCUUACAUUCGUAUAUUAAAUACGAGAAAGUGAAUGCUCUAAUAUCUCGCUAGCUUGCUUGCAUUGUCAUUUUAUUCGGCAUGUACAGUUAGUCUAGGUUAGCGAAUAAUUUACAAGCAAUAACUAUAAUUCGGCCAGCUAAUGUUAAGCUCGUUUUAGAUGAUUAUCGAAUAAUUUAUUUGAGCACAGUAGCCAGUGAAUUUGGCUGUCUGUUCUCCGGGGAAUCAGAGACGUUAUUCGACCCUGAAGCUAACCAAGCUACAUUAGCAGGCUAACUUGCUAGAUGAAAUGCGGUGCUAGUAUUGUCACAGGCAUGCAUGGUGUGUGGACAGAUUAAUCAUUUUUGCUUGGACGCUGUGAGUAAAUUAAAGAUUUAAUUUACUAAAGGGACGACGGAAGAAAUGUUAUGGUGUAAUGCGAUUUGACCAUUAGUAUAUUAGGCCAAAUAACGAGCCGCGUUUUCGAAUUCUAGCUAAUGUUAACUAAGUUACUUAAUAAUUUUUCACCAAACUGCUGGCUAGCUAGCUGUGGAUGCAGAAUGUAACGUUAUGAAUGACCUGGAUAGCUUUGUGAACGCACGUUGUACGACGUAAUUGACUGGUUUGUAAGUCAGUUUCCGUGACAAUUUGCUAGAUGGUUAGCUAAUGUUAAUUCGAUAACCACCAGAAAGUCGUACAGUCACUCGCUAUCUCACGACAUCGUAUUGCUAGCUAGAUAGAAAGACUACCUAGCUAGAUCACCAGAGGUAAAACGCGCUGGAUACGUCAACUAACGUUACCUAGCCUGGUAGACUAGAGACCUCGUUGGAUAUUACUACGCAUCACGUCCAUGAAAAGCAAGUUCCUAUGGAUCUUAAUUUUUACUCCGAUCUGUCGGACGGUGCUGGACAGCAUGGCGACUCCGAGUUUUUGGAUUCGCAAUCUUACAAUGGAUAUGACUCUGUCAACAAGUUUCCUGGCGGCAGUGAUAACUACCUAACCAUCCCAGGGGCCGGCCACCCUUUCCUCUCGUCUUCCGAGACGUUCCACACACCCAGCCUGGGCGAUGAGGAGUUUGAGAUCCCGCCCAUCUCCCUGGACCCCGACUCUGCGCUCACGGUGUCGGACGUGGUGUCGCACUUCGGCGAGCUCUCCGACGGCGGGGGGGUGGAGGACUCCUCCGUCUCCUCGGCCGUCGUCGGGGGCAAUGACCCUUCCUUCGCCUCCACCUUCGUCAACCCCCCCUCUCAGGGGCUGGAGCACCUCAGCCUGGGCGUCAUGAGUCAGCCAGGGGGCGGGGCCCUGCUCAGCUCCACCCUCGGCAUGGACCUGGGACACUCCAUUGGCUCCCACUUCAGUAGCUCCUCCCCCAUGACCAUAGACGUCCCGCUGAGUGACAUGGGCCACGGCCUCCUGGGUCACAAUCAGCUGACCACCAUCGACCAAUCGGAGCUGAGCAGCCAGCUCGGGCUGAGUUUGGGGGGCGGGACAAUUUUGCCCCGCCCGAGGUCCCCCGAUCAGCCCCUGUCGGCCACGCCCUCCCCGUCUGGCUCUCUGCAGGAUGAGGACUUGGACGACUUCAAACAGAGUGUACUGGUGGACUCUCCUGCCUCUAUGUCCAUCUCCCUGAGCCCGUCUGUCUCCAGCUCCGCGCCGCCCGCCUCGUCCGCCCCGCCCGCCAUGGUGAUGGGCGGAGCCGUGGUGCGCCGGGGCGGGGGCAAGCCCACCAUGGUGAGCGUGGCGGGGGCCGGGGGCGGAGCCGGCAAGAAGGUGGGCCGCAAGAAGAAGGACCCCAACGAGCCGCAGAAGCCCGUCUCGGCCUACGCCCUGUUCUUCCGCGACACGCAGGCCGCCAUCAAGGGCCAGAACCCCAGCGCCACCUUCGGGGAGGUGUCCAAGAUCGUGGCCUCCAUGUGGGACAGCCUCGGGGAGGAGCAGAAGCAGGUGUACAAGAGGAAGACCGAGGCGGCAAAGAAGGAAUACCUGAAAGCCCUGGCGGCUUACAGAGCCAAUCAGCUCUCUCAAAUGAACACAGAGGUGAUGGAUGUCUCGGUCUCCCCUCCGGUGGCCGCGGCCGCCCCGCCCCCGCCCCCGCACCCGCACCCGCCCCCCCCUCCGCAGCGCUCCACCCGGGUCCCGCACCACGCCCCCGACCAGAACACCAUCACCAACAUCUGCACCUCCAACAUCAUCCUGGACCUCCCGCAGGUCACCACCCGGUCCCGCACGGUCGCCCACAAGACCCCCGCCCCGGCCCCGCUCACCCCCGCCCCGCCCACCGUCACCAAGAUCAUCAUCUCCAAGCAGAUGCUGGCCGGCGCCGGGCAGCAGAUCCCCACCUCCGUGGUGACCAUGAUCCCCGGGCCCGCCCGACAGCCCCCGCCCCUGCAGCAGAUGCAGAACACCCCCCUGCCGCCCCGCCUCCAGCAGAUGGUGCACUCCCCGGCCCCACCACCUCUGCAGGCCAAGCCACGCGGCGGGGGGGGAGCCGGGCUGGGCGUGGCCGUGUCCGCCGCCUCCACCCCUCCCCCGCCGCUGCAGAUAAAGAUCGUCCCCGCCCCCGUCAAGGCCGAGAUGGCAGCGCCCUUCAUCGUGACGACGGCCGCGACGGCGUCUGCGGGCUCCUCCUCCUCCGCUGUGCCCGUCCAGCGGCCGUGCCACCCCCGCCGUUCCUGUGCAGGUGGUGCAGUCCGCUGCCCUGGCAACCGGCUCCUCCCUUCCACUGCUGAGGAGAUGGUGGAAGAGUUCACUUCUGGAGAGGUACGGGGGGAAUCCUUCGGCCCCUGCCCCCCCGGGCCCCCCGCCCGCUGUAUCCGGGCCGGCUGUACCAACCCGCCUGUGGAGAGCAAGGACUGGGACAAGGAGUACUGCAGCAACGAGUGUGUGGCUACACACUGCAGGGAUAUCUUCAUGGCCUGGUGUUCCAUCCGAGGCCAGAACUCGACUGCUGUCAAAUGA